CGCGGAGCUGAUCCGCGACCGGCUUCGGGAAACCGGUGGGAAUCAGGACCUAGCUGCCGCCGUGAACACGGCGAGCGGACCGCAAGCUGCCGAUUCGGACGAAGACUGAGGGGCUUUUCUUUUGUGCAUGGUUUCUACACGACUCGGCAUCUUUGUCACCACGUUUUUAAGGAUCCGCAUCACCAGAAGACAUCCUGUAAAUUCACACUUUCAGCAUUGUGUCAUCGUUCCAUUUUUCGCAUCACCGAAAAUGACAUCAAGUGUAGAACUGCCCACAAGCCUGCACCCUCCAGCGAGCGUCAGGGGGAUGACCGAACUGAAGCGGGAGGCGUUUGACACAGUCGUGGAUGUUCCGUGCUUCGAGGCAGACACCAAGUUUGUCGGCAUCAUCAUGAAGCACGUCAGAGAGCAGCUGCUCAAGCUGCCCAACUUCAAGCCUGUGCGAGAUGCAUCUGACGGUGCUAAGAAGCUCUUCCUGCUUGAUCCCUGCAAGGUGCGGGAGUACGGCGACCUUUCGGCCGAGGCCCGGGAUGCCUUGAGUGCCUGCGGUGUGGGCGCACUGGCGAGUCGGGACGUGACCCUGUCGUAUGCUAACUGGACGGCCGAGGAAGUACUGAGGGCCGUGCUGGGCCGGCCGGAUGCAUCGGGCUUCAGCGUGGUGGGGCACAUCCUGCACCUGAACCUGAGAGAGCACCUGGAGCCCUACAAGGCCCUCAUCGGGAGGGUCUACCUGGACAAGGUGAAAAAUGUGACCUGCGUGGUGAACAAGGUGAACGUGAUUGAGAGCACCUUUCGCAACUUCUCCAUGGAGGUCCUUGCAGGGGAAAAGAACACCCAAGUGGAAGUAAAGCAAAAUGGCCUCAGGUUCCAGUUUGACUUUGCAGAGGUGUACUGGAAUCCGCGGCUGUCCACGGAGCACUCGAGGGUCGUGUCACUCCUCAACCGCGGCGAUAUCCUGUACGACGUGUUUGCAGGAGUCGGUCCGUUUGCCGUGCCAGCCGCCCACAAGGGCUGCGUCGUCUUCGCCAACGACCUCAACCCCCACUCCUUCCUGUGGCUCAAGCGCAACGUGGAGCUGAACAAGGUCUCGGGUCGGGUCAGCACCUACAACCUGGACGGGAGGAAGUUCAUCCGCACCGUGCUCAGCUGUAACCUGAGGGAGCAUGCAAAGAAGGGAGCGAGGGUUCACGUCUGCAUGAACCUACCGUCGCUCGCGACCGAGUUCUUGGACGCUUUCAUUGGCCUGCUUGAGAAUGAACCGGUUUCUCCAGAUUCGUCUGAAGACACGGCGUCGAAGGAUUUACCAAAGGAUUCUUUGGCAAAUUGCUCGGCGGGAACGUCGGCCGAUUGCUCAGUGAGAUCGGUCAAGGAUCCGUCGGCGGAUCACUUUACAGGAUCAUCUAAAGACCCGUUGAGGGAUCUGUCAGCCAAUGAUUCGGCUGGAUCGGUCAAGGAUCCGUCGGCGGAUCACUCUACAGGAUCGGCCAACGACCCAUUGAGGGAUCUGUCAGCCAAUGACUCGGCUGGAUCGGUCAAGAAUCCAUUGGCCGAGGAACCGUCAAAGAGCAGCUCUGAGGAGCUGCUGGAACGGGGUAAACCAGUGGUCAGGGUUCAUUGCUACUGUUUCGUAAAGGAGGAGGACCGGUUUGGUGAAGCGAGGAAGAAGGUGGAGGAGGGCCUGGGUGCGCCGAUUGGUAGUGAUGCGGAGGUGAAGUUUGUGAGGAGUGUGGCCCCCAACAAGGACAUGAUGAGGGUGACUUUCGACGUUCCCCCAGAGGUGUUGCUUGGGGACGUUGGUUCUCCGCCCACAAAGCGAAGCAAACUGGAGAAAGGCGGGACAGAUGGGACUGUCGAUUGUGGUAGUUCAGAAUAAAGGCUGCCUCUGAAUU